AUGGAUAACUCCAACCAGGCGCAACUGCGCCAACAAAUACAAAUUCCCUCCUUUACAUUUAAUCCAAAUAACAAGUUCAGAAGAGACUAUCCUGCUCGCUCCUUCCCCUCCGUCACCAUGAACCCCACCGAGGUGUCAGUCAAGGCGGAACCAGUUGGGUUAGGAAUGUGGUCUUCGCCCACCGCUCCGGUAUCACGGCCUAGACCAGCAACGAUACAUGAAUCGGCUUUCAACUAUACUCUCCCCGAAGAGUUUGCGUCCCUGCCAGCUUGGGACUCAUCGACCAUGCCCAUGCAACCCGUCAAUGAUGGACUGCCACAGCCUUUUGUACAACAAGACUUCUACCCCUCUACAACGGCUGGAGAAAAUGAAUGGCGGUCAAAGCCAUGCGAUGACGGGAUUGAUUUGCAAGGUCUAGAUACAGACAUGAAUAUGGGCCAGGCAUUCUCAACAGACGAGACCGCGCCGAUUCUGGACCUACGAUUCUCGGGACCUGGAAUGGAAAGCGACCGUCUAAGCCUGGAUCAAUCGUACAGCUCUCGGCGUAUGUCUGGAUCGUCCUUCACCAUGUCGACGACUGGCGCGCUUUCAGAGAUGCCUUCCUAUGAAGACUUCUCUGCAACACUAUCAGAAGCGCCUUCCUUCAGCUCCGAAUAUCCACCGCCUUCAAACCGCAAUUCAUUGAUGUCCUCUACGCAGCUCUCUCCUGUCGCCUCCCCCAGAAUGACUCCUCAAAACCGCUCAGAGCUCGUUCGAACGCAGAGCAGAGGCCGCGCUUCUCCUUCUCCCCGCCCAAGCAUGCGCUCCGCGCCGUACACCAUGGAUAGUACCCGGAGCAAGAGAUGGUCAACAGGAUCUUACGCCCCCCUCCCGAAUCGGCGUCCCUCUCCUUUUAUCUAUCACCAGACACAUGAGGUCUUCAAUCCCCACCCCCCGAGAAUGUCAUCCAGACACUCCUCUCCAACGCUACCAAACGCUCCGCUCCCUUUGAAUAUGACCAAUCUACAAACACAGCAACACCCUUACCUUCUGGCAAACAACACAGCUUUUCAUAGAAACAGCAUGCUACUCCCAUCUCACAACUAUCAUGAACCAAAUCACUUUGAGAACCCCCCUCCGCUGUUGUCACAUGGCCUAUUCCGGAUGCUACAAAGCAAUGCCGACCCUCAUUCGUUGCAUUCGCACUACACCGAUCUAAGCGACCCUCCUGAUCUAUACGCAUCUCUGCACGAGGAACAAGUCCCACCGCCUCCAGAGGAUAUGAACCCAAGCGACCCUGAUCUGAUACCACACGAGCAGGAACUCCGCUUCGAUGGUGACCUCUACACUCCUCGGUGGGUCCGUGGUCACGGGAACAAGCGCGAAGGCUGGUGUGGCAUUUGCAAACCAGGACGAUGGCUCGUCCUAAAGAAUAGCGCUUUCUGGUACGAUAAAAGUUUCACCCAUGGUAUCAGCGCUGCCACCGGUAGCCCAUUUCAAGAGCCGCAAGAGACGCGACGCAUGGAUGGGAAUCCAGAUGUCUGGGAAGGUCUGUGCGGUAGCUGUAACGAGUGGGUUGCGCUCGUGAGCAGUAAGAAGAAGGGAACCACUUGGUUCAGACACGCAUACAAGUGCCAUACACAUCCGAAGAUUAAGGAUGCGCCCAAACGACGGCGCGAGUCGUCUCACACUCGUGCUUUAGCCGCUUCUACGAUGGCCAAACCAAAGGUCGAGCCACCAAUGACGCCGCAAAUGACUCCUAGCAAUUCGGUGACAAAUACACCAAUGCCGGGAAGCCAUCAGCAGCAACAAUCACAACAUCAACACCAGCACCAGCACCAGCCCAAAACCAUCAAUCCUUUAGAGGGCGUUGCCGGCAUGAUAUAA